UCCCAUUCCCUCUCCCCUGGCUGCAGUUUGUCGCUAUACGAAGCAUGAUCACCCCAACGUUCACAGUUUCACAGGAUGAUGAUUCUGUCACCAUUGUCAUCACGGCACCGCACAUCAAGACACAAAACGUAGACUUUGAGGUCGACGGUCCGGUCUUCAAGUUCAACUUGAAGCCAUAUUUUCUUAGACUGACCUUCCCAGGAAAUGUCGUGGACGAUGAGCGUGCGAAGGCAACUUACAAUGUUGGGGCUGGCGAGCUGACAGUCAUACUUCCCAAGGAAUCACCUGGCGAGCACUUUCCCGACCUCGACAUGUUAACGAAGCUACUUGUUCGAAAGGGCGACCUGGCAGAAAAGCAGAUCAAACGACCCCUGAUCGAGGUUAUUAGCAGUGGAGAUACACUGGAGGGAACGCAGAAGCUGGAAAUAGAUGAGAAUUUUGAUUGGGAGAUGCCUCAGGAGAUCCGACAAGAGAUCUUUUCUGAAGUGCGAUAUGGAUUCAACAACCGGUAUUCUGGCUUCUUCACGCACGUCCAAGAGACUCCCAACGAUGUUCUGGAUGUGUACGAUCCUGAGCAUGCUACACUGGAGACGAGGCGACAGAACAGAAUCCAGCGAGAGAACGACAAGUUUGAUGACGAGUAUUAUAUGAGCGACUUUAUGACGGAGGAAGAAAUCCAGCAUUUGUUGAAGUACAAGACCCCAUGGUGGAACGAGCUGCGCGCGAUUCAGAAAGCAGAGAAAGAUGCUUCAAGCAAGAAGACGAAGCUGGACACCUCAUUAUCGACAUCAAAUAGGAAUCAGGAGAGCACUCCAUCACCCAUACCCGCUACCACAACAACCUUCAAAUCGACGCUCCUUUCUUCACAUACAUCGUCAUCAACUACGCCUUCAAUCUUUAAUAUCGUCAAGGAUGUUGCCGCCGACACCGCUUCUCCAGUGGAUCAGGACUCAUUUGGACUGAAAGAGAUUUCAACCAAAGCUUUAUCAAGCAAAAAUACAGAGUCCGGCGCCAGUAAACCCUUGAUUCUUGACCUGGAACCCACAUCAGCACCUUCCACAGCCACUUUGAUCCCAUUAGAAGAACCCCUGAUCGAUGAGAGCGAACCGGUUAAGUAUCUUGGACCCGAAGCUAUUGCGAUCGUGGACCCAUCACGCCCCUCCCUCAACAACGAAUUGGAAGACAACAUGGCAGGGCUGAGUCUUGCAGCGGGCGAUUCUUCUGCCGGUGUCAAGCCCUUCUCUGCAAAGGAGCAGGAACUGAUGCGGGAUCUUCCUCGUAGAGAAUACAUCUUGGAGAAUACGAAAUCAACGUAUUUGGGCUUAAUCGACAUCCUCUUCGCAUACAGCUACGAUCUUCGCGUCUCCGAGGGCGACGCCACCGUCGAAACCGCCUGGACAAUCUGUAAACUCUCCCCAACCAUCUCCGCGCUUGAUCAGUUCACAACUCUUAAAGAGACUAUCUUUGCCUGCUUCCGUCGCGCACUCGCCUACCCACUCGUCCGCAACUGGAGCCUGUCGCUCAAAAUCCUCCAGGAUGUCUACGUGAUCCUCAAGCUGGGUCGGAGAGGCAUCCUCCGAGUACUGUUGGCAAUCAAAGAAGUGCUGGACCAUGACGAUGUGUACUAUAUCUACAGCAAGAUGUUUAUUGAGGACUAUUGUGUCUGGAUCCAGAGUUCGAGCGAGAAUGUGAUCAGGACGUUGGCCCAUGAAUUGCAUCAUUUUAAGAUUGAAAAAGCGGACCUGGGUUGGCAUCUUGAGGGACUGGAGGCCUUGGCUAAGGAAGCUCCGGAUAUGGAGGAUGAAGAAGAAGAGGAAGAGGAGUCGUCUGAGGAGGAGAGUGACGACGAGGACGAUACUUCCAGCGACGACGAAUCUACGGAUGAGGAUGACAGCAGUAGCGAAGGCGAAGACAGCCACGAGGAUGACGAUGAGAAAAAUCCUAACAAGGCAAAAGAAGGGAGUGUGCGUAUCGAUGAAGAAGAGAGCAUUUUUAUACAAGACGGACCGAAGCCCAUGAUCAUUGAGCUCUAAGCAGCAAAAAAAAAAAAAAAAAAAAA